AUGAGUCAAUUUCCCCAGUUCUGGCCUACUGAUUACAACCUUGGAUGGACGGGUUACAUCCGAGUAGAUGGCACAAAUUACAAGUGGCUCGGAGGCGCUGCGAAUUGUGUACAAGCCAAUCUCACCAGCUUCACGAUCACGCCCACGCAAACCAUCUAUAAUGUCCAAGCAGGACCCAUGGAUGUGACUGUCGUUUUUCUUUCUCCCAUUGAGGGCCCUGGGGUAACUUUCCAGGCAAGCGAUGACAAUACAGUGCGCGGUGGAUUUCAGACGCAAGGCAGUUUGAACAGCCAACAAGAAGACACCGACUAUCGAGCAAUUUCAGAUAAUUGGCCGACCUUUGCGAUGGCCGUCGACCUUGGAAACAUACAGACAAUCUCCUCACCCCUGGUAUGGACGGUCGGUUAUGUCCGCGAUCCUUCCAUCAAAUAUACGACAGCUGCGGGGAUCACGCAGCUUCGAUACCUGUUUUUCAGAACGAAAUAUUCAGCAACUGUUGAUUUGAUCGUGGACUUUCUAUCCGAUUAUAGCGAUGCGCUGGCGCGUUCCGAAAGCUUCGACAGUCAACUGAUUCAAAACGCAUCUUCGAUUUCUACAGAGUACAGCCAAGUCGUGGCUUUAUCCACCAGACAGGUUUUUGGAGCGAUUGACAUUACAGUCUCUAACGGGACAGAUGGUAGUUUGAAUGCGUCCGAUGUGAUGAUAUUCAUGAGGAAUAUGGGUAUCAAUCAGCGAGUGAACCCUGUGGAAAUCCUUUAUGCGUCAUUUCCCGCGUUUCUGUACAUCAACGCGUCGUUUGGGAAGCCAUUACUAGCGCCUCUGCUGGAAUAUCAAGGUUCACCGAAGACCGCAUUGCCGUAUGCUAUGUCGGACCUCGGGACCUCCUAUCCAAUUGCAUCUGGAGAACAAGCUAGUGACACGGAAAGUUCACAAGGGGUUGAACAGUGCGGCAAUAUGUUAAUCAUGACUCUUGCACAUGCGCGAUUUACUGGAGAUGGAUCCUUGGUAAGCCAACACUACGACCUCUUAAGAAGUUGGGCAACGUACCUAGUUGAAAAUUCAGAGACACCAACCAACCAGGUCGACGCAGACAGUCAGAGCGCGGCAAACAUGACUAAUUUAGCCAUUAAGGGCAUCAUCGGCAUCCAAGCGAUGGCUGAAAUGAGCGAGGCAAUCGGGAACGCGAGCGAUUUUCGAUUGUUUUCGUCAGCGGCCGCGACAUAUAUCAACGCAUGGCAGUCCCUGGCAGUGUCUUCUAGAUCAGGCAGCCAGCAUAUAAAGUUCACUUAUCAAGACACGAGCUCAUGGACAUUGGCUUACAAUCUAUAUGCUGACCGUUUGCUCGAGACGAACCUGAUUAACCAGUCGCUCUAUUCACUCCAGACCCAAUAUUAUCAGACCAUGCUAGAGUCCAUUCCUGAGAAUUCUAGUCUAGAGUACGAUAGUAAUGCGAAUGGUGAAGCCAAUGACGCGUGGCUAUCAUUCACUGCUGCUACUGCGACAGACGCAACUACCCGUAACAGUUUCUUGUCACUCGUCUGGAACCACGCGUCAUCCAAUCUAACUGCUGAAGUCUUCCCUACAACAUAUGGAGCAGGGACGGGAAACGCAACCCAGGGUUUUGCGAGCCCUGCGCAGGGCGCAAUUUUUGCACCAUUAACAUUGGAUCUCUCUAGUCAGACCAUCACAUUUCCGCCACCUUCGAGUAUCGAAGAUUCCAAUGAAGGGGGAUCAAAAAACUCCAUCGGGGCUAUUGUUGGUGGCGUCGUCGGUGGUGUUGUAGGCUUCAUAGCUGUGGUUCUCGCUGGAUUCUUCGUUUGGCGACGCUCGCAACAGUCCCGUCGGCUGCUCGAGAAAGAUGCUUGCCUUGAAUCGUCGCACGCUCGACCCUUCCAAUAUGAAGCCCCGCUUGGCGUCUCUGGUGAAGAUCUGCCUGAGCACGUUCAGCUGUUUGCUCCGCUUACAUCGCAAAAAUUACGCGGACACCUGCAAGUUCAGGCGCUCGCAUUACCGAUAUCCUCUGGCCAGACCGUACCUAGCACAAGCCAGGAGCCGCCUUCUAUUUCCACACAGGAAACACAUUCCCCGAGUGCAAUCAACUCGAGCAGAGAGGCAACGUCUCCCGCAUCCGACAUGUCCGGAUUGCGCGCUGAAAUGGAGAACUUGCGGAGAGCAGUCGAACAGAUAGCAGCACCUCCAGAAUAUGUAGGAUAG